UUAUUUACAAAUUGAGUCUAACUUCAGACGUAUUUACCACGUGUGUCUGUAACUUUUGUGACAAAAUUGUAAAUAAUUUUGACAAUAAUAAUAAAAAAAAGAAAUUUGAUUAAAAAUGCCUAAAGUACGAAGAGAAAAAGUUUCUCGUGUUCACAAGGAUGUCGUUAAGCAGGGAAUAAUGUUUAAUAAGGAUUUUGGUCAGCAUAUAUUGAAAAAUCCCAUGAUUAUUCAAACAAUGGUAGAAAAAGCAGCGAUGCGACCAACAGAUGUGGUUUUAGAAAUUGGUCCAGGUACAGGAAAUAUGACAGUAAAAAUGUUGGAAAAAGCAAAAAAAGUAAUAGCAUGUGAAGUUGAUCCACGAAUGGUUGCCGAAUUACAAAAAAGAGUUCAAGGCACUCCAUUACAAUCAAAACUUCAAAUUAUGAUUGGCGAUGUUCUAAAAACUCAAUUACCAUUUUUUGAUUUAUGCGUCGCUAAUAUUCCCUAUCAAAUUUCCUCGCCAUUGGUAUUUAAAUUAUUACUUCAUCGGCCAUUUUUUAGAUGUGCAGUUCUCAUGUUUCAAAGAGAAUUUGCCGAACGAUUAGUUGCAAAACCAGGCGAUAAGGUUUAUUGUCGAUUGAGUAUAAAUACACAAUUAUUGGCGAGGGUUGAUAUGUUAAUGAAAGUGGGAAAAAAUAAUUUUCGACCACCACCAAAAGUUGAAUCAAAUGUUGUUAGAAUUGAACCACGUAAUCCACCACCUCCCAUUGAUUAUAGAGAAUGGGAUGGUCUCACGAGAAUUGCUUUUGUUCGUAAAAAUAAAACACUUGCCGCCGCUUUUAAACAAUCAACUGUUUUAGCAGUGCUAGAAAAAAAUUAUAAAAUUCACUGCAGUUUACAAAAUAAGACUCUUCCAGAAAAUUUUGAUAUGAAAGAAUUGGUAAAUAACGUUUUGAUAGAAGCGAAAGCUGAAGAAAGUCGAGCUAGAACUAUGGAUGUUGAUGACUUUAAAGAAUUGCUGUAUCAAUUUAAUCUUAAAGGCAUUCAUUUUGCAUAGACUUGAAUUUUUAAUAUAUAUAUAUAUAUAGAAAAUUCUCAUAUUUUUCUAGGUUUAUCCUUAAAUGUAUAUAAUAUAAAUUUGUACAAAAAUACGAUUUCCAUGAUAAUUGCAAAAAGAAAUAUAUUUAUUAUAUAAAUAUAAAAUGUGUUUAUGUAAUAAAAAAAAAUUGGAAAAUUU